UGGCGGUUCAGAAUGGGAGCGCAUCAGCAACAGACCCAAUACCGAUUGAGACGGCCCACGAGGACAUGAUUCACGAUGCGCAACUAGAUUACUACGGCAAGCGGCUCGCGACGUGCUCGUCUGACCGCACGGUGAAGGUAUUCGAUGUCGUGGACGGCGAAGCGCAGCGGGCGGCUGGACACACUCUGAAGGGGCACACCGGACCAGUAUGGCAGGUCUCCUGGGCCCACCCCAAGUACGGUCACAUCCUCGCGUCGUGCUCGUACGACGGUAAAGUCAUUAUCUGGAAGGAGCAGUCGGGACAGGCAGGUGGAGGAUGGGCGAAGGUUAAGGAGCACACAUUGCAUGAUGCCUCUGUAAAUUCGGUCUCCUGGGCACCACACGAACUCGGCGCAAUUCUUGCCUGCGCGUCAUCCGACGGCAAGAUCUCUGUUCUGACCUUCAAGAACGACGGCCAGUGGGGCGCAGACAUGUUCAUCGGACACGCCAUCGGCUGCAACGCCGUCUCCUGGGCCCCCGCCGUGCAGCCGGGCUCGCUCAUCGCGCCGCAGCCCGCGGAGGGACAGGCCGCGCAGGGCGUGAAGCGCUUCGCGAGCGCGGGUUGCGACAACCUCGUCAAGAUCUGGGCCUUCCGCGAGGACACGCAGGCGUGGGUUGAGGAGGACGUGCUCGAGGGACACACGGACUGGGUCCGCGACGUCGCCUGGGCGCCGAACAUCGGCCUCCCGCGCAGCUACAUCGCGACGGCCUCGCAGGACAAGACCGUGCUCAUCUGGACGAAGGACACGCCCACGGCGUCCUGGACCAAGACUGCGCUCGACCCGAGCGCGUCCAGCACCGCCGCUCCCCCUGCGGGCGCCGUGCCCGGCCGCUUCCCCGACGUCGUCUGGCGCGUCUCGUGGUCGCUCGCGGGCAACAUUCUCGCUGUCAGCUGCGGCGAUGGCAAGGUCACGUUGUGGAAGGAGAACCUCAAAGGCGUCUGGGAGUGCGUCAGCGACAUGACCAGCUAGAUGUGUUACACGCAGUGUAAUUUAUGAUUCGAAUCUCGACCCAAGGAUUUGGAUCCCUUCAACAAUCGUUGCCUGCAU